AUGGGUCGAAAGAAGAAGCCAACGAACGAUGAGAUAGAACCCGAGCCUUUUUUUGUGGAGGAGCCUCCGAAGGAUUUGAAGAAGAAGGAGCAGAAGUGCGAGCGCGAGACAUCCUCGGAGCCUGAGCUUGAGCCCAAGCGCCAUGACCUAGACCCGGACAUCCAGCAGCUUGCCUAUACCUUCAAGAUCGAUGCCGGCUUGACCCAGAAGCUGAAUGACAUCAUGAUCGAAAAGAGGAUGAAUACCUGGGAGCAGGAUCUGGCGAGGCUCUACGAGAUCCUCAAGGAUGCGCACACGCCAGCAGCGAUGCUGAAUCUCAAGGUGAAGGACAUGCAGAAGGGGACCUUCGUGGGCAAGGCCAAGUGCGGCCCGAGGGUGCGGGAGCUCGCGCGCAAGCACAAGCUGGACAAGGGUGCAGCAACGAAGCUCGAAGAGGCGAUGUCAAUGAGAGAGGCCAUGGGAAAGGACGUCGAGAAGGACAUCUUCCUUCUGGACGAACACUUGACCGCCUCGAACAAGCCCUCCGCUCUGAUCAGCAUGAAGCUGGACAGUCUGCGCAAGGGCUACAACAUUGGCCACUGCAUCUACAGCCGGGAGCCAGUGCAGGGCAAUACUGGCCCAGGCGUGGAUGGUGUGGUGGAUAAGAAGCGGGGCGGCCGCGUCCUGGGCUACACGGAUGCAGACCUCAAUAGCCGAUUUGCGCUGAACGAAGGUGGAAAGGAGGAGCUCAUGGACGAAGCCACCAUUCGAAAGCUCAUGGCAGCCGAGAAGAGCAGGGUACUCGGGGUGCCGCCGAAGAGCGAGAAGAAGGCCGCAACCGCCCCCAGCAGUGCCAAAGCGCCGGCCGGCAAGAAGAGCGCCAGUCGCAAGAAGAGCCCAAGCAGCAGUCGAAGCCGGAGCCGGAGCCGAAAACGGCGGCGGAGGAGCAGCAGCAGCAGCAGCAGCCGCAGCCGCAGCCGACGGAAGCGCAGUAGGAGCAGCAAG